AUGUCAGCCUCGAUUGCAAAGCCGCUGCAAGUUGCCGAAAUUGACUCGCUUCAUGCUGUAGUACCCUACAUCAACUAUACCUUCUCACCGAGUGCGUUGUACUCAAGAACGAACGUCUCCGCCAGAGUCAAGGUCUUAGGGGAGCUUGGGGCUGGAGGAGGCUUCGUAACUGCACAAGGGAGGAGUACUGUUGACAUGGACGAAAUAUAUGGCUUUUCUGUGUAUCACGGGCUACAUUGUAUUGAGCUGAUGCGAGAGUCUCGAUUCCCUGAAAGCAAGGCAGAAGCCGACCACGGAUCACCAGCGCAUCUUCGGCACUGCAUAGAGUAUGUACGACAAGGGAUAAUUUGUGCUGCCGAUACGACAUUGGAGCAUGCAAGUAUCAACGUCUCGAGCGAUGGCCGCCGUUCUUUCGGUUUCGAUACCUCUCCAUCGUCACAAGUCUGGGGCACUUCACGAAUGUGCCGCAAUCUGGGUGCAUUGACAGGAUUCUCCAAAGCAUACUCCGUGGCAACGUAUGACGGAUGGGAUGGUUAG